AUGGCGGCCAACAACCGCUCCUUCGCGGCGCGCAUUGCCUCCAUCUCGUCCAACAGCUCCAGGAUGGAGUCGUGGGACGACGGCGACUUCGACGACCGCUCCGACGGCCUGCUGUUCAAGAACUCGACGGUGCACUCGCUCUCGUCGCGCAUGAGCGUGCGCUCCGAGUCCGAGUCCCAGGACGACUGGCAGUUCCUCAUCACGCCCGACGACCAGGCCACAAACACGUCGGCCAUCACGUCGGCCGCAAAGCAGGCCGGCAUCCCCAUACCCGCCAAUGUGCCCUCGUCGGCCCUGCUGGGCGGCUCCAUCAAGCGUCUGGGAAAGAGGAAAUCGACCAAGAAAAUGGACGUCGACGACGACUGGGGCAACGACCUCGAGCUGCCCGCCAACGCGUCCGAGGGCCUGAAGCUGAAGCCGCCCGUGCCACGCACGCCCGCCGACGAGCAAGACAACGACAUCGACUGGGGCGAGGGAUCGUUGGGCAUCCGCUUUGCAGGCACGCGCCAGGCUACCCGUGGUGGCCGUAGCUCCUCCGUGUCGGCCAUGAGCCCUAGCCUGGGUAGCUGCAUGACCAUGGAGAGCGAAGAAGACGACCUGGGCGGCCUCGUCCUGCCCGCCGAGCCCAUGGACUUUAGCGCACGUCUCGAGAAGCUGAAAAAGGGCGAGCAUCAGCAGCAACAGCCAAACCAGCAUGCACCCUCGGCGCCUGGACCAUCGCUGCUCCCACCACUUCAGCUCAACCAACAGCCCACGUCUGCCCCAGCACCGCCCACGUCGUUUCCCGCAGGCGAGCCGCCGUUAUCCCCCACCGCCGCAGCCCCUCCCUUUUCGCCAUCGGGCAGCCCCAAGGCCCCAUCGCCGCACCCGAAGCGUGUUGCCGACGACGAGGACGAUUUCGAGGCUGGCUUCGAUUUUGGCGGAGUCGACAUCCUCGACAGCCAGAAGCUUACUCUGAACAAGAACAUUGUCGUCAAGAAACGCGCAACCAAGACGAAUACACACCAUGCUGCCCGUCCUUCAGCCACGCUCACUUUUACUGAUCGACCUACGACGUCACGAAUUCCUAGACCAUUACCCUCCAUUGCCAGCCGCACCCGGCUAACUCCUGUUUACGAGACCGGCGCCUCAGCCACAAACAAAUCAACAAGAACCAUGCCUACUACUACCAGUGCACAGCUCCUCCGCGCAAAGCGAUCUGCGCCUGCUCUUCGCAAUCCCACCUCGAACCCGCCACCACGUAUGCCCUUUAUCCCCGCUGGCGGCCCGUCGUCGCAGUCGCACCACGUCAUGGCCAAGAGCACUUCGCAAACUCAUCUGCGUCGCGACUCAGACCCCCGCCGACCCAUCUCGCCUUCCUUGCGCUCUUACUCUCGCAUGUCUGGCCACCAGACCGAGACACCAAGUCGCGCAGGGGUGAGACGCGAUCUAGCACCCUCUGCCCUUGCACGCCACCCACCUCCAAAGAAGCUAACCCAGCCCCAGCGCAAGCGGAACUUUGGAGAUGGCCAUGAGCUCGACAUGUUUGACGAUCUGCCUACCUCGGCCGCCAAGGAGAAGCAGUUCGAAAAGGUCCCACGCAAUGUCUCCAGUAACAAAUCUCUACGCCAGCAACCUAGUAAUGGGCGCCUGCCUAUGCCCGACCGCAUGGCAACGCCUCAGCCCCAAACGCCGCGGAGCCCGUCCAAGAUGGACCAGACACCUCGAUUUGCUCGAGACACCGCUGCGAGUAGGAAUGCACGAGAGCAACGGCUAGCAGGUACGAAGUCACGAGCGGAUGGCUCCGUUACCCAAAGACCCGUGAGCUGGGCUGCUCAAGUUGCUGCUCGCAGUCCCAACUCGAGCCCAAAUGCUCACAAGAAAAAAGGGACAGGACAGAAACCGCAGUUGAUCCGCCAGAUGACGCAGCCUCACACCCACAACGAGAAAGGCAUGACUUACAACCCUACUCUGCAGCGCUGGGAAGGCAACGAGGAGGCGCUCAUUUCCUUUUCCCACCCUAAUACUUCUACCACUACUCUUGCCUUGACGACAGCUAGCACGCCCACGUUUGCACCAGCAGCCAACCCGACAGGCCGCACGCACGACCGCUCCGUGUCAAGCUCGCACAUAGCUCUCUCGUCCAUCCAUGCGACGCAAGCACACAGGAGCUUCUCGGCACGGGUGGCAAAGUUGGCCCAGCCACCAGCACCAGCACCAGCACCAUCUCCGCCUCGCCCUGCUCUGAUCUCGCAAAUCUCGGUGCCCCGCAGCGUGCAGUAUGAAGGCCGCAUGGUGUUUGAUCCUGUCAAGAUGACCUGGCUCAAGGCACCUCGGCCAAUCAACGACGCUCGCUCGCCGUCUGAGCUUGACGAAGACGAGGAUCCAUUUGCCGGCCUCGAGGACCUCAAGGACAAUGAGAGUGUCGCCGGCGGCAAUGGCUUGAGCGGCACCGGCACACCAAACCCCGAAGACACAGCCUUUGUCGGCGAAGAAUUCGACGUCGGCCCCAGUUUUGUGCGCCGCCAGCGCGACGAAGAAGCCAUCUGGCGCCGCCGAGUCGAAGGUUGGGUCGGCGGCCUUCGUGACAAUGGCGAACAACGAGGCGGAUGGCGAUGGGCAAUCCGCGACUUCGCCGCCAGCGCGUCUGCUGGUAGUCCCUCAUUCUAACGACCCUGUACAUGAAGUGCAUCCGCAUUUUACGACUUUAUGAUUGCAUCGCAGAUUCAGUCUACGGGCACAUGUUGGUGGAACCAUGUUCCACACUGAAUAAUGACGUGCGAUGGAAUGUCUUUUUUUGAGAUAU